CAGGAGUUUUAAUGAAAUUGAACAACUACGGAGUUAAAUAGGUAGCUACUUAAACUAGCAGCUUAGUCCAAAACUUGGAGGGGGAAGGUCUCCUCUUUUCUUUAGCUUCACGAACAUUGUCCAUCAUGCCUUGCUCCUUGACUCAAGCCGUCGCAACUGUUCUCAUCGCUAUUUCUUUGCACGCUUUGGGAAGCACUGGGUUUGAUAUUCGUGAGCGACACAUUUUCGUAUCUAAUCCGGGCCCCGACCUGCGUUGGGCUUUUCUUUUCGACUUCACGGCUGGCGACAAGCGCCUCUGUCUGUUGGUCGUGGCCUGCAACGAAGUGCAUUCCCACCACACUACUAUGAAACGACCCUAAGCUAGCUAUUAUACUUCAUACAGCCCAAUGUAUUCAUCCGACUGCAUAUAGUAUUAAUAGAUUUGAUACCUUUGUCUUGCCGUAAUUGUAAUUUUCUGAGUUGAGGUAUCUCAUGUGGCUUGCUUCGGAUUCGGACAAAGGAGAGGAAAGUCUCGUAGCUAGAC